AUGUGGCAAGGACAAGGACUACGGCAUAAGUUUUUUUCUCAAGGAUCUAAAUUGAUAGCAAGAAGACUUCAUAGAGAAAAAAUUCUUCUUAUUCUUGAUGAUGUGGAUGAUUAUGAACAACUUGAUGUAUUAGCUGGUGGAAUCAAUUGGUUUGGUCAAGGAAGCAGGGUCAUCAUAACAACUAGAGAUGACCAAUGUUUGAAUACACAUAAAGUUGAUAAAGAUAUUCAAAUAUACAAGCUUGAAGGACUGAAUUUUGAGAAUUCUCUUAAACUCUUCAACGAAGAAGAAUGGAAAAAUACAGUAGGAGGCUUGAACGAUAUCCUUGAUAACAAGGUCUCUGGAAUGUCAUUAAAAAGCUAUGAUGACAAGGUCUUUGCAAGAUUGAUGAUAAGUUACAAUAAACUAGGUGAAUAUGCGAAAAUCAUAUUUCUUGAUAUUGCAUGCCAUUUUGCUGGAUGGUAUGCAGAAACACCAAUUUCAAUAUGGGAAGCUUGUGAGUUGCGUCCAAGGUUAGUGAUAAAAGAACUCACUGAAAAGCACCUCCUAAAGAUGGAUAAUUAUAGAUUGAAGAUGCAUGAUCAACUCCGAUACUUGGGAAGGAGAAUUAUCUCGAAAGACAGCACUAGGGACCCGACCAAACGCACAAGAUUGUGGUCUCCUGAUGAGAUCUUAAAGAUAUUAAAAAAAGAUAUGGUAACUCAAAUGGUUGAAGGUCUCCUUCUUGCAACUGAAGAAGAUUUAAGUUGGGAAGACUUUGCAAAGAUGCCCAAUUUAAGAUUUCUCAAUGUUGGUGGAACUAACAACCUCAAAGGGGAUUUUUCGCACCUUCCGUCUAAAUUAAGAUGGUUCCGUUGGUGUUGCCCUUUGACAAUUCUACCAGCCAAUUUUUAUCAUGAGGAACUAGUUUAUCUUGACCUAUCAUCUAGUCAUAUCAAAUUAGCUUGGAAUGAUGUACCUCAAAAUAAAAAUAAGCGGUUCCAAAAGUUGAAGGUUCUUAUUCUUACAAAGUGUUGGGGUCUCUCUGACUCUCCCGACUUCUCAUGGUUUCCUUGCUUAGAGAGAUUGGAUCUUUCGGAAUGUGAUCUAAAACAUUUGGUUGAGUUUUCAGUAAGUGGGACAAAUAUUGAAGAACUGCCCGAUGGUGUAGGGCGGUUAGAGAAGCUUGAGAAAUUAGAUGUUUCAUGGUGCUUUAAGUUGGCGAGGCUACCAACAUCAAUGGGUGGAAUGAAGAGUAUACUUCAUUUUUACAUGAAAUAUACCAUGAUUGUAAAAUUACCAGAUGAUUUUUCAAAGCUCUCAAGCUUAGAGGUGUUAUCAAUGAUUUUACGUUUAAGGGGAGAUAAAAGAAUAUGGCCUUACUAUUCAACGAAAGUGAAAUUCUGGACAGUCAUGUUUGAAAACAAGGUAACAGACCAGCAAGUGCCUAUCCAACAAUCCAGUGCUUCAUUGGUAGCAGAUUUCUUCAGAUGGUCCAAUGUGGAGGAUGAUGAAGAGGGUGCAUCGACAUCGAGGGCUAGCAACUACAGGGGAGCAUCAUGGCCAUCUUCCAUUGAAGAAACAGGGUGGUUGACACGCUGUCAAGGGCUAUUGAGAGAAUGGAUCUUGAAAACAAGAGUAGGAAGGAGUAUUGAAGGUUGGGUUCUGGAGAGACUUCCUCACAACGAUGAUGAAACUAGUGUUGAUUCCGGAGCUUUGUGA